AUGGAUGACGAUUCAGAAGUAGAAGGUGAAGGCGGCUACAUUCCCGGGGUCGUGACUGCUGCAGAGGUUGAUGACCUCCAGGGUGCGCUCAAUGCAAUCCGCACGCCCGAAUCGAUAUCAUUUGCAGCUACAGUGGAAGAUUAUCAGGAAGUGAUACAGGAAACCCAGCUCCUUGCUCGGAAUCUGCUAGAUAAACUGAGGAUUGCUCAGCUCGAGAUCGUGUCACUGCGUGCCGCCCAGCGGUCUGGUGCUAAGCGGGCAAAGAGGAAGAGUGGAUCUGUGGAAGUACUGGUAGGUAAAGAUGAUGAAGAAAUUACUCAACUAGGCCACCGGUUUUUCGUGACCCAGGAGAUGUGGUUUGAUCCAGCCAUCUUCCAGCAACCCAAGCCAAUGUUGCUGCCUGACGACAAGGCCCGCUACGCCAAUCCUCGUGCGAUCCAACAGGGUGUUGUUGCUGACUUGUACAAGAUAGUCCUGCCCCGACUCCAUGAGCUGAUGCAGCACCACAGUAGCUUCUCUUCUAGUUUUAACAAGGGAUUCAUUUCGUAUCGCGCAACCGUCAUUCACCGACUGCGUGCAGAUGCAAUUAAGAUCUACAAUAAACCAGGCUUUCAAGCUGUAUGGUUCGAGCUAAAAACAAACCGUGCAGAGAUCCCGGAACUUCAAGCGCUUCUGAAAGAGAAAGAUCCCUCCUUGCCUAACGGUAUCUAUUCAGUGAUUGCCCCCAUACUCCAUCCUCAGUGCAUAGUCGACCGGAAGACGAUCUUCAGAACAAAGAUUUUGCGCAUGGUCCUUUUCAGGCCAAAUUCUGUCUCUUCUGAUGGAUCAAAUGUGGAGACAAGCUAUGGUGGACGACUGACCAUGGCGAAGCUGUGGAACCUUAACUCAACCACACCUGGAUGUGUCGCUUUUGCUGCAAUCAUGGCUCGUUACCUCGCAUCACCUGAUGUCAAGCUUGAGAAGGUCGGCGCGCUGUCUCGCAUCAAUUAUUACGACGACUUUACCUUCUACAAGAGGCUUCUUAUUAUGGGAAAGGAUACGGCCUCCAUCAAAGUGAUCCUGAGGUUCUUUGACGAGGCUGUUUUUGGGAUAGCGCCGCCACAGCAACCACAUACAUCAAAUUCACAUAUGAUCAAUGUGAAUAAUUUCCUAGCAGAUAUGGAAGCUGGUGAGAAUGCCAGUUUUGAAGACGAAGAUUUUACAUCGGCAAUCAACAACCUUAGCAUCGUGAUGGACGAGAUGGAGGUUGAACCUCCUGCUCCUACUGUCGUUGAGCCUGUCGCUCCUGCUGCCGAUUUUGUAGCUCCUACUACUUUUAUCGCCAAUCCUGUUUCUGCCGGCCCAGUUCCUACAGUCCUUGUUCCUCAACACCCUUCUAUUCCCCCCAUCGCUAUCCCCGCUGUGACUACCGAUUCCAACCGACCAGCUCGUGGCGGAAGAAAACCCAAUAAUAGCCCGGUACCUCGUCGUGUUUCAACACGCACUCAAGCUCAGGGUUUGGGGAAGUGA